GGGGAGGGCAGUGAUACGGGUGGAGGAAAUUUGGGAGGAGUGUCGGGGGGCAGCAACUUAAAAGGGGGAGGGAACUGCAGCUGAGAGACGUUCGGUGAUGGGAGCGCAAUGUAUGAGGGGAUACCAUGCCUGGGGUUUAAAAGAGCAGGAAGCUUAGUGCGAAAUCAGAGGAAAAGUGUCUACGCUAGGCGGAGGUUACAGGUGGUGCCUCCGAAAGAGCUCUGGGGCUGCAGGCUGUAGUGGAGAAGAGGCGCUUGAGUACUGUGUGGAAGGGACAGCUUUGGGGCUAGCGUCCCGGGGCGAAGGGGGAAGUUCGAGACUUCUGAAGACUGGCAGGAAUGUGCCUCCUGGCCCUCGGUGCUUCCCCCCUGGGGGGAGGCAUCGUGAGGGACUGUGGCAGGCUCCUCUGAACGCUGAGCUGCAGAGGUCCAACUCCACGUAUGGAUCCAGGGAAUGAGAAUUCAGCCACAGGGGCUGCUGCGAUCAUAGACCUCGAUUCUGACUUCGAACCCCAGAGCCGUCCCCGCUCCUGCACCUGGCCCCUUCCCCGACCAGAGCUCGCUACAGAGCCGUCGGGGCCACCCGAGGUGGAGCCUGGUCUGGGCGAGAAGGUACACCCGGAGGGGCGCGCAGAGCCGAUCCUGUUGCCCUCCCGGCUCCCAGAGCCGGCAGGGGGCCCCCAGACCGGGAUCCUGGGGGCUGUAACAGGUCCUCGGAAGGGAGGCUCCCGCCGGAAUGCCUGGGGAAAUCAGUCAUACGCAGAACUCAUCAGCCAGGCCAUUGAAAGCGCCCCGGAGAAGCGGCUGACACUCGCCCAGAUCUAUGAGUGGAUGGUCCGCACGGUGCCCUACUUCAAGGACAAGGGUGACAGCAACAGCUCAGCAGGAUGGAAGAACUCGAUCCGUCACAACCUGUCCCUGCACAGCAAGUUCAUCAAGGUUCACAACGAAGCCACCGGCAAGAGCUCUUGGUGGAUGCUGAACCCUGAGGGAGGCAAGAGCGGCAAGGCACCCCGCCGCCGGGCAGCCUCCAUGGAUAACAGCAGCAAGCUGCUCCGGGGGGGGCGCAGCAAGGCCCCCAAGAAGAAACCAGCUGUGCUGCCCACUCCACCUGAAGGCGCCACACCAACCAGCCCAGUGGGCCACUUCGCCAAGUGGUCAGGCAGCCCUUGCUCCCGAAACCGCGAAGAAGCCGAUGUGUGGACCACCUUCCGUCCACGAAGCAGUUCCAAUGCCAGCACCAUCAGCACUCGGCUCUCCCCCAUAAGACCCGAGUCUGAGGUGCUGGCAGAGGAGGAAAUGUCCGCCUCAGUUAGCAGCUACCCAGGGGGGGUCCCUCCCACCCUGAGUGAAGAUCUGGAGCUGUUAGAUGGGCUCAAUCUUACAUCGCCCCACUCCCUGCUUUCUCAGAGUAGUCUCUCUGGCUUCUCUCUGCAGCAUGCAGGGGUGUCGGGCCCUUUACACGCCUACAGCACCUCCCUCUUCAGCCCAGCAGAGGGGCCCCUGGGUGCAGGAGAAGGGUGCUUCUCGAGCAGUCAGUCUCUGGAGACCCUGCUCGCUGCCGAUAAGCCGCCCCCUCCUGCUGAUGUCCUGAUGACGCAGGUGGAUCCCAUUCUGUCCCAGGCGCCGACGCUUCUGUUGCUGGGGGGGAUUCCUUCCUCCAGCAAACUAGUUGCUGGAGUCGGCCUAGGCCCAAAGCCCCUCGAGGCCCCGGGUCCCAGCAGCCUGGUCCCCAGCCUUUCUCUCGUAGCACCCCCUCCUGUCAUGGUGGGUGCUCCCAUCCCUAAGGCCCUGGUAACGCCUGUGCUCACCCCUCCCGCUGAAGCUCCAAGCCAAGAUAGAAUGCCUCAGGAUCUGGAUCUUGACAUGUACAUGGAGAACUUGGAGUGCGACAUGGAUAACAUCAUUAGCGAUCUCAUGGAUGGCGACGAGGGACUGGACUUCAACUUUGAGCCAGAUCCCUGAACCGUGGCUGAAAGCUUUUUCCCCCUGCUUCAGAGGUGGAGCCAGGCGUACCCAUAGCCACUCUUUACCCUUGACUCCACCCUGGGAACUCGGGCCCCUUCUUUAGCGCUAGGGUGGGGUCUGCUCACACGGGUGUUGAAGAAAUGAAUGAUCAAGAAAAAGCUGCCCCACAUGGGGACUCUGGGGUGGGGGGAGGGAAAGGGAUGGGAGAAAGGGAGCAGGUUUAUUCUCACUGUGCCAAUUAGGGGGUAAGGUCCCCUCUUGGGAGUCAUCCUUGGCUUCCCCCAUUCCCACCCCCUAGGUCUUGCCUUGUAACGUGGGUGGGCAGUGCUGUUGGAAAUGUGAAGUCACCAGUGGCCUUACCUCUGCCUUUGGGGGCAGGAUAUUUUGUAGUCUUAUCUGAGUUGGUCCAGGCUAGAUGGAACCUGGGACUUUUGUUUUGUUUUUUUGUCUUUGUUUUUGUUUUUGCAGUGGCCCUUUAGGCCAGUGGAGUUUAUGUAUGGGGGCAGGGGAGGGUAGUGGGUACCUGGAAGGGCCAAGGUCUGGGCACUGGAGUGGCCUAACCACCCUUGGAAGGCUGAAAAGAAUGGAAAGACUUUUCUAAACCUUUAAGGAAGUAUAAACACAAAUAUUAGAAACUUUGAACAGUGGCAAGGUGCUAGUGAUGGAGCAAGUUUUUUUUUUCUUUCUGAAGGCUAUAUGUCCGUGAUAUGAAGCAAACACUACAGACAAUACUUAGAAAAACACAGGCGGAGGGUUGGGAGAUGGAGAAGAGACAACUCCAGAUGACAGGGACCCAGGAAAACUGCCAUGGGAGGCAGAGCUGAACUAGCAGAGUUCCUGCUGGGACCAGAAUGACCAGAAUGCAGCCCCGACUUCUCCACAUAGUCCAUGAAGCCCUAACUUCCGAUUUCCUGAAGAAAAAAACUAAGCCAGAUCCCCUUAUUCUAUCAGGUUGUGCCUGGGAGCUUGUGGCGGUGGCAGGGGGGUUGUGGCCACAUUCCCCUGUGGCCCCACCAUGGUGGAUUAGGACUAAGGUGGUAGAAUGCUCUGGAGACUGGGGAUUAAUCUGUGGCCAGGGGGAGGGGGUGGAACGGGGAGAGCUGGGCAGGAGGGAAAGAUUUAGGGCAGUGAAGUUGGGCACAGAGACCUCCCUGUUCAAGGCCCCUACAGCUGUCCCUGCCCUUCUUCCCCUCGCCUGACUGCAGGGGUUAUGUGGAAGCAUCUGUGUGAGGACAGGAGGGGAGGGGAGGGACAGGGAAGGGGGAGUUUGGCCAAUGGUCUGGGAAAUGAGUCUCGAUGGAGAGGAAUGUGGAUCAGGUUUACUAGCACCUGCCAGGGAGGCCAUAGGGGGCUCCCUCUUCCCCCACACCAGCCCCCAAAGCAGCCCCUCCUCCUCCUGAGCCGCCAGUUUGCAUUGUCCCCUCCCCCAUCCCUGCUGUGGGUUCCCAUCAUUUCCUGUGUCAGCGCCUGGCCUACCCAGUUUGUCACGUGCUAUAUUUGAGUGGGGAAGUGUGUCAAAUCAAUAAAUGAAUAAAUUCAAUAAAUGUCUAUAACCAGC